AAAGCAUUCCCCUCCGAGUGACGCUCAUGGUAUAUUUGCCGUUGGGUGGGCAAAGACGACGCCGUUUUCCCCUCUCCAGGUAUCAGAAUUCUGAUCAUCUCAGAAAAAUCGGUCUCCAUCGCCUUCGUGUCACCGUCUUUUCUCUUCUCCUCUUGCUGACUUAACGCAGUCGGGUCAUCGUUGACUAAUCGCCUACGAGGGCACCGUCGCGACCCGGCAAUAUUUGCCUGGUUUUUUAUUUUUUUGAAUAGACUAUGCGUCAUCUCCAACGAAUGUGUUUGCUAUAAAUUUGUUGGCUUGUCCCUGUGAUGGCAAGAGAAAAAAGCUCGAAGAUGAACAUCGCUGUAAUCCACCCAGAUCUCGGCAUAGGUGGAGCUGAAAGAUUAAUAGUGGAUGCUGCUGUUGAGCUCGCUUCCCAUGGCCAUAAUGUUUAUAUUUUUACUGCUCAUCAUGAUAAAAAUAGAUGCUUUGAGGAGACAACUGCUGGUACCUUUCCAGUUACUGUGUACGGAUCUUUUAUUCCUCGGCAUAUUUUCUACCGGCUUCAUGCAUUAUGCGCGUACCUCAGGUGUCUCUUUGUUGCUCUUUGUGUUCUUCUCUUGUGGCCAUCAUUUGAUGUUAUACUGGCAGAUCAGGUCUCUGUAGUUAUUCCAAUCUUGAAACUUAAAAAGUCUGCAAAGGUGGUAUUCUAUUGUCAUUUUCCAGACUUGUUGCUGGCUCAACAUACAACCUUCCUCAGGAGGAUGUAUAGGAAGCCAAUAGACUAUAUAGAAGAAAUAACAACUGGGAUGGCUGAUUUGAUACUUGUUAACAGCAAAUUUACUGCAUCUACUUUUGCAAAUACUUUCAAGCAUCUGGAUGGUCGAGGAAUUCAGCCAGCUGUUUUAUACCCAGCAGUCAAUGUGGAUCAGUUCAAAGAACCCAAUUCCUUUAAGUUCAAUUUUCUUUCCAUUAAUCGCUUUGAAAGGAAGAAGAACAUAGAAUUAGCAAUAUCAGCUUUUUCUAUGCUCCAAACCUUUGAAGGAGAUGUCCUUCAGAGUCGGGAUGCAUCUAAUGCUUCCUUGACUGUUGUUGGAGGCUUUGACAAACGAUUGAAGGAGAAUGUAGAGUACUUGGAAGAGCUAAAAAACUUGGCAGAAAGGGAAGGUGUAUCAAAUCGGAUAAGGUUCAUCACAUCUUGCUCAACAGCUGAAAGGAAUGCUCUUCUUUCAGAAUGCCUGUGUGUCCUUUACACUCCAAAGGAUGAGCACUUUGGCAUCGUUCCAUUGGAGGCAAUGGCAGCUUAUAAACCAGUUAUUGCUUGCAAUAGUGGUGGACCUGUUGAGUCAAUCAAGAGUGGUGUGACAGGGUUCCUUUGUGAUCCUACUCCACGAGAGUUUUCUCAAGCAAUGUUCCAACUCAUUCGAGAUCCCCAGGAUGCUGAGAAAAUGGGCAGGGAAGCUAGGAGGCAUGUCCUUGAGUCAUUUUCAACAAAGACAUUUGGCCAACGUUUGAAUAGAUAUCUUGUUGAUAUUCGCAGGGGAAAGAAGGACUGAGUUAUGGAAGAUUUUCGUAUACAAUUGGUACUAUGACGAUAAAUUAAAUAGGCAUUUAAGCAUGAGUCUGAAAAAAAUGUUUGCUUAAGAUUUUUGUCAAUUUAGGAUUGGUUUAGUCUUUUAAUGGCUAAUUUCAAUAAACUGAAUUCACUUCAGAAAACUUAGAAUUUCAGACAAUACUAACCUUAUUUGCUAUGCAAGGUAGAUAGUUUGCUAUGUAGUCGGCAUCGGAACUGGUACUGCAGACGAUCCUAGUCAGAGGCCAGAGCCCCGACAACGUCAAUAUUUCAAAGUGACUUGUGGUGAGAAUUGAACAUUGGGGUUUCGAACCUCCUGGUUUUAUA